CAAUUUAUUCAGUUAUUAAAAAUGGAUGAGGUUCUGUUGGAGAGUUUGACAUCGAAAUUUAGUGAGUUGUUUAAGAACAUAUCGAGUCUGCAAGAAAAGAGAGAGACAGUCUAAGAUGAGAAUGAGCAUUUGAAACAAUUGAUUCAAGAGGAAGAGGAUUAAUUGGAAAUGGACUCAGGAGAGUCUUCUGAUGAUGAAGUUGCUUUCCAAGAAAUUGAACAAAAGUGUCGAUAGAAAUUAGAAGAGAAAAGAGAAUCUGAUAUGCAGAUAAAAGAAGAAAAUAAUUUGAAAAGUCAAUUAGUAAAAUCAUCAUAUUUAAAUUUAGUACAUGCAUCUUGAAGGUAUUCAAAAUGAAAUCAUACAAAUGAGAAGCAGCAUUGAAUAGUCUAAAGAAUCAGAAGCUGAUUUAUAAUAAAGGAUUGAGGAAACCACCUUAAAAAUAGAUGAUUAUCAAAAUAAAAUACAAAGAGCUGAAUAAAUUAAACUUUAAGUAGAGAAACAAUUACAGGAAGUAUAAUGGCUUUUCUAAUAUUAAGCAAAAUGAAAAGUAUUUAUAAGAUAGCGAAAAAGUUAAGGCUGUUCAGGCUGAAGUUAGAAAUCAACUCCAAGCCAAUGCAAUGGGAGACAAGAGACAAAAUGAAUUAGAAAAGAUAAUAUAAAAGUAGUGGGAAGAACUAUAAAAAAGAGUAUUAAUUUACAUUAAUCGCAAAGGCUUAAAGAAUACAGGUGUUACAAAAUAACAUGAAUAUCAUUUCAGGCAAAAUAUAAAAAUCACAAAAGAGCGAACACAUUUACUAGAAACUGAAAGAUGAAAACACAGUCCUCGCCUAAGAAAAUAUAUAAAUUAGAGAAAAAUUGAAUUAGUUAAUCAGUGCAUUGCCAUAACAUAUGAAGAAGGGCAAUGUUAAGGGCAAAUAGAAGAGUAAGAAAGAGUUCUUGGAGCUUUAUGAUGAAUCCAUCUGCUCCAAUCAAAUUAAGUUAAGACAUUUAGAAUAAAUAAGGGAAGAACAUCAACAUAACAUUAACAGUUUGCAUGUAACUUAUAUAGAUUUAACCUAAUUCUUAGAAUGAAAUACUCCAAUUGGAAGAAAAAUACAAUUAAAUGACUUAAAAUGUGAAAAAUCUUCAGGAAUAAUAUCUAGAAAUUGAAUCCUCUUGUAGGGAAUUCAAUGAAGAGGAGUACGUCAAGAAAAAUUGCCCAAAUUAUUAUAAGGUUAAAAAGGGAAAAUGAUAGUUAUAAGUUUAAGAUUUGAG